GAUAAUGAUUAUGAUUAUCAUUAAGGAUUGAAAAGGAGAAAAGGAAGGGGAGGGAGAGGGGUUGAAAAAGAAACAAAUUUUGCUGAUCGGUUGCUCUAAUUUUCACGGCCGAAAUCUUAGGCUGACCUUCCGUGCGAUCUUGUAAGCAGAGCAAUGAAUGCCUUUGCAUUUGCCUUUCCCUUUCCUGUUUUGCUGCCCGCCAUUCUCCCUUUCCGCCAGUCCCUUCCCUUUUAACUUCCUCCAUCUCUUCCUUUUCUUCUUCUUCUUCUUCAUUCAUUCCCUCGUUAUCGGUGCGAUUCAUAUCGUACCUCCUCCCCCCCCUUUCCCCUUCCCCUACACUUUCUCUUGCCUCUUUCCUCACUUGGGUUUUUCCCUUUUUCUUUGAUCUUCCUCUUCUUUGCUUUCUUUCCCAUUUCCCUCACUUUGGUUCUCUCAAUCUUCUCUUUUUUUUUUUCGCAUUUCCCUUCUUAAAUCUUCCUCCUUUUACUUUCUUCCCCAUUUUCCUCACUUGGGUUCUACCUACAUUUUUCUUUUCAUCAUUGUAAUAGUUCUUUCUUGGUUGUCAUUUGCAUCGCCUUGUUUUUGGUAACAGGGGAACCCCAUUAAUGGCGAGUAACCGAACUUGAAUGGGCUCUUGAUCGCUUGGAUGAAUACGGGGAUAGAAAUAGGGGUUUGUUGAUUUCAUUUGAGAUUUUCUUUUCUUUUUUCUUUUCCUUUUUUCCUUAUAAUGGGAAGGGUUAAGCUGAAAAUAAAGAAAUUGGAGAGCACUGGUAGCAGGCAAGUGACUUACUCUAAGAGAAGAAAUGGGAUUAUGAAGAAAGCAAGGGAGCUAGCUAUACUCUGCGAUAUUGAUAUUGUUCUCCUCAUGUUUUCGCCAAGUGGAAAGCCGGCGCUAUAUGAAGGUGAACGCAGCAACAUCGAGGAGGUCAUUACAAAAUUUGCCGAAUUGACUCCACAGGAGAGGUCAAAAAGGAAAAUGGAAAGCCUUGAAGUGCUGAAGAAAACAUUCAAGAAGUUAGACCACGAUGUUAACAUAGACGAUUUUGUGGGUUCAAGCUCUCAAGAUUUUGAGCAGGAAUUGACCAAUGAAGUUGCCAUAUUGCGAGAUCAGAUUGGUGAAGCACAUAAGAGACUGAGCUACUGGAGGAAUCCUGAUAGUAUCAACAGUAUAGAGCAGCUCCAGACAAUGGAAGAUCUAGUAAGGGAGUCCCUAAACCAGACACGUCUACACAAGGAAAAUUUAAGAAGACAUCAACUACUCUCACAGGACUUCACAGGCCAGUAUCCGAGUGCUGGGAUGUCCUUACCUUUGUUAAUGGACGAAAUGCAAGGCACUCAACCCUUGUUAUGGCUUCCCAAUUACGGCUCUCAACAGAUUCCUUUACCAAAUGAGCCCUGCUUUCUGCAACCAAGUGAUGUUGAAUGCUCAUUUCCAAGCUAUCCUAGUUUCUUCAACCCUGGGAAGCAAAUUGAAGCUGGAAUCUCUGGUCAAAUUGAUAGCAUGCCUCAAGGUGAUGGGGCUUUAAAUGAAUUAAGUGGAACUUCUUGCUCAACGCUGCAACUUGGUGAUCAAUAUCCAUACCCUACAUGUGAUGGUUCAAACUUCCAAGACGAAAAGAGACUGAAAAUUGAAAUGGAGAUGAACUUGCAUGCAGCUUGUGUGGAUACUCAACUAAAUGGCAAGUUGGAGCUCUCUAGAUCACUAUAUGGAGAUGACCAGCAUCCUUGGGCUUCUAUACCAGGGCCUUGUAGCAUUCCAAUGUACCAAAGCAAUGAAUAUCACCAUCAGCCAAAUUGAUUCCUAUCAAAUUCACCAGUAAUUGGAGGGGGUAACAGAUUAAAGAAAUGUUCCUCUUGAUUUGAUGUGGUCAGCAUUUUUGUUGGGAUGCAUUCUUCUCCCAAUUGCCAGAUAAAAGUAUUCGAUAUCUAAUGAAAUCAGAAUGAUCUUCUGCUCCUCGUUUUGUCGUUUAACCAAUAACCUCGACUUGUAAAUACAAGAUAUACGAGAUCGGAGGUCGGUUUUUCUAGGUUAGAUUUUCUUUUCUUUUUUCCCCAUUUCUUUUCCCUCAUGGAAGAGCUGUAAAGUAUUUGGGGGUUUCUGGUUUCCUUAGCUGUACAUUGAGCUAUUGUAAAACAUGGAUGCGAAUUUCAUAUUUCUAUAUCAAGUUUUGAGAAAAUUAAAGAA